CGCGGAGGGCGGCGGUGGCGGCAGCAGCAGCAACAUCACCCUGAGGAGCCGAGCAGCCCGGCAGCGCGAGGAGCCCCGCGGCCUUCUUGCCCGCCCCCGCCGCCACCAUGAUGGAGGAGAUAGACCGGUUCCAGGAUCCAACAGCUGCAUCUAUUUCGGACAGAGAUUGUGAUACAAGAGAGGGAGAGACUGUAGCCAUGAACUAUAAGCCGUCCCCACUCCAAGUGAAAUUAGAGAAGCAGAGGGAGCUGGCUCGGAAGGGCUCUCUGAAGAAUGGCAACAUGGGAAGCCCAGUUAAUCAGCAGCCCAAGAAGAACAAUGUGAUGGCACGAACAAGGCUCGUUGUUCCCAAUAAGGGCUAUUCGUCAUUAGAUCAGAGUCCAGAUGAAAAGCCACUGGUAGCCCUGGAUACGGACAGUGAUGAUGACUUUGACAUGUCCAGAUAUUCCUCCUCGGGAUACUCAUCAGCUGAGCAGAUCAACCAAGACUUGAACAUCCAGCUGCUAAAGGAUGGGUACCGGUUAGAUGAGAUCCCAGAUGAUGAGGACCUUGACCUAAUCCCCCCUAAAUCGGUCAACCCUACCUGCAUGUGUUGCCAAGCCACCUCCUCCACCGCCUGUCACAUCCAGUAGUGAGGCCGGCAGGCUGUGAUCAGUGCUUUCCACUAUAACUGUAAAACUUAACAGCCAUUGCUUCCUCCUAUGGUAGGACGUGCACCUCUUUGUGUUCAUGGAGCCAGGAGAAACCCAAAAAUUCAUUUUAUGAUUGAUUGAUAAGUUAUUUUAAACUAUGGUUAAACAAAAAACAAGUUGCUCAAAGUGCCAGGCAAUACCUGACACAACUGACUGGUCUGAAGAGUGAAUGCAGAAGGGUCGAGAGACCAUUCUGGGGCUUUUGUAGGCACCAGAGAUGUUUUGUAAGGUGUCAGUUCCAGAACAGAAAGUUGGGCUGCAGUUAAUCCUACCUUCCAAAACCAAUCCAUCUGCAACAUCAAGAGUGAAUCUGAGGUGUCAAGGGGUAUUACCUGAGGUCAUUUCAUAGUUCAUUCACUAAGCAUGAUUCGAUCUGUGUAACCAAAAUUAUACCACAACAGAGGCACAAAUGGCAGCAGAGCAGGGCAUCCUUUCUUAUGGCAGCUCUAGCUAGAACUAACACAACACAAUUCAUUCACUUGCAAAGAGGGUGAAUAGGUGGCAUUUCACUGUGAGUCAGUACUAGCUAGAGCUGUUGUGUCACAUAUCCAAUGCAAUCUACCUUUGGCACCACAUUAAGUUAUCACCAAGCACAUCAGAUUUGAUCUACAAUCCAUCCAUGCUCUUAGGGGAUUCAGUCUUUGACUGAGAAUGCCAUACUCAUGAAUUCAGUUCAGUUGAAUAUACUGACUUCAGCUUAUACUUAAUUCCUGUGAGACCCAUUUGCUUCCAAAAGUCUCAAACUUUGCUCGACUAAGAAAAAAUGAAACCUACUAAGACAGGAACUGAAGGUCAGCGCCAAAAAAUCUAGUAGAAGAAAGCAUAUUUUUACAGAGCUCGGCUGUUGAUAUUCUUUUGACACGGCAUCUCUUGGUACCUGUGGGAGAGAUUUGUUAACCUUGUGGUGUCAGACUUUAAGGGAUUUUUGAGCAACAGAGGGAUUAUGAGCAGAUUCAGCUGAAAAAAUGAAAAGCCACAAGAGGAAACCACUAUUUAUCGCAUCUCUGCCCACCUGUAAACCAAGCUUUAUCUGCUAGAGCUGUCCCACAUCAGGACCAACUGUGUCAGGAAAGCUGGCAUGACAUUAGAUUUCUGGACUGAAUUGCCAGUCCACCAACAGAUUGUUUUCAAUGCAAAAUGAUUUCUGGAAUUAGGAGACAUGUCCUCUCCUGCUCAGCUUUACACUGCUGGCUUCAGAAGACAUGGGACGCAGAUGGUGGACAAGCUGGCAUCAUUCUCUGAGAUGAAAACUUUUGACACAAGCACAACUGUGUCCUUUUCUGCUCAGCCAGAAAGACUGCCUGCCUUACAUCAGCACUUGCUUUAGAGACUGGUGGAGAGAAAAAGUUAGGGCAAUUUUAAGUUUCCUAUCAGAAUUCCCCUGGGCCACAAGAAAGAGCCUGAUCUCCACCCUGAGGAACAGAUCUGCCUCAAAUUUACACAUCAUGAUCUGAGUCUUUAAGAAGUCUCAUCUCUCUUAGUGAUGAGAAGUUCUCUUAGUGAUGAGAAGGACCCUUAACACCCUGGGUAUUUUUCUGUGCAGUACAAGGCAUGUUGUCAUCCACAGCAUAAGCAAAAGAGCAAGCAUUCAGGACUCCUGGGCUUCAUUCAGUAGCUGGCUUCAGGCAACUGUGAAAGCUGUGUUUGCUCCCUCCCUAAAACAGGACUAUUGCUCUAUCUGCCAAGGAACAGAAAGUGACUCAGCAGGCUUGUUUACUGAGCAUCUCUGCCUCCUAGUGCAGAAGUACUGAUUAACUUGCCAACUCCCCUAGGAAGAGAGUGUUCCUUGAUUAGAACUCCUCUCAAUUUCUCAUCAUAUAGCAAUGAUUAGGGGGAAUAUUUCAAAAACGUUUCUAAAGAAGAACAUAGCUUCCAGUCCCCAGUUCCUUGUUUCUUUUGUGUGCCUGCUUUCCUCUCCAGCGCUAGGUUAGGUGUGAGAUGAGCAAGUUGUCUGAAAGGGUGAGGGAAGCUCUAACAACACUCUGUAGGGAGAAAAUAUCAAGGAGUCUUUUUUUCAAGUGGGGAAUGUAGUCAAAACUUUAAAGAAACCCCAUGGUCUCAAGUAAAUCCUUUAGUACAUGGCCCAAUCUCUUUAAAGGUUCACACUUCCAAAGCAGGAUUUUGCAGUUCAGCAUCAGUACCAUAUAACAUCUUCAUUGCACUUGUCCUCCUGAGUCAGUGUCUGUGCCUUCUAGCCAGGCUGCACACACUCAGCCUUUCCCACAGCCCUUGCUCAGGAGCUCAGAGCAUAUUGGUGAGCUUGCUCAAGCAAUGAGGUGUCCGUUUCCAUGGGUCAGCCUUGGCAAACUGCAGAUCCCAUGGGUCACCUUCACACCACCUUUAUGUUUCGAGAAGGAUCAAAGGAGACAUGCUGAGAUUGAAUUUCUCAGAACUGUAACUCUCUGUAACCAUUGCACUAUGUCACCUGAACCAAGUCCGAUUUUUUUGCCCAUUGCUGCUUUUAUUUGCCUGCUGUGUGCCCUGAAGCAUUCUCCAGUUCCUCUAGCCACCCUCCACCCUUUCCAUUGUGUGAUGUGCACCUGCUCCCAGCAUAAGACCUUAAAGUCCCUUGGAGGGAAAUAUUCAUUUGCACAUGGGAAGGAGGGAGAUUAAUAUAAAUGUUAACUAGGCUAAUGCUUCCUCCAAAUACAGAGGGAAGCACAGACCCAGUGUUUUUCCCUACUCAUGGAAGGAUUUGGUUGCACAAAUAGCUGUUUUGGCAUGAUACAGGACCAUAAAAUGGUGAUUUUUUGGCUUCUCCUCUCUAUGCUUUGUGUUCAUAUAUUUUAUUAGGGGAUUAAAGUAGAAAUGGUGGGGAUAAGUAGUUACCUGUGUAGAGUCGUUAUCAGGAAGGCUGAAUGAAUUAAGGCAAUGCACGUGUGGCUAUCAUAGAAAACUGAUCACUAACCCUUCUGAACUGCAGCCCCUUAAUCAGUUACGACCAUGAGGUAUGGCUGUUGGCUUGAUACAGAACAUGAUGGCCAGCCCGGCAUUAUGUGUUAACAGUGGAUUGGGUUGGCUCUCCCUGUCAGCUCUUGUGUUCAGACUCUUGUUUCAGCCAUAAGGUUUUCCUUGUGCCCUCACUAAAGGUUAUGUUGUGGUGGGUUCCUGGGAAGGAGUACACAUACGUGGCCAUUCUGCCACUGCUCUCUUAACGCCAGCAGGUCUUCUGCUGCCAUGGCCUCGAGAAGGUAAAAGCAAAGAGCACAGCCCCUGACUCUUUGCUGCAGCAUUGUAAAGCCAUAAAAGCUGUAGAGAUGCUGGGUACUCUCCAAACUGCAGAUUGUUUGCAAGAAAGAGAAUUGUUUCUUUGCACCAGUGUUUGCAUCAUACCAGAUGGCCUUUUCAGGCCCUAUUUUCAGUCCAAAGUGUACAGAAUACCAGAGGGAGGGAUGCCACUGAGUAUGAAAGGUUGCAUUACUGUUCAUCUAAAUUACCAAGCAAUUAUGAUAGCUUCUUUACAGUGAUGCUGGCGCCUCCAACAAUGGAAUUUGAUGCCUCCUAAAGCCAGACUGGCUUUUUGCUCGGAUUUUAAGUACUUUCAGUCUCCAAAUUACUGGAGUUUAGGCAAAUCCUUUCCUCUUAUCAGAUGUUAGCUUCGCCCUUUAGCAUGAGCUGUCUUUGGACUGCAAGGACUCAGUGCUCAAUGCUGUUUCUCCAGUGUGCAAACUCCCCAUUUCCAAAUGUCUGUGUAUCCUCCCAGUGUCAAAAAAGGUCCUUAGAUAGAAGGAUCUAGUCUGCUUUUCUGGUGGCUGUAUAAUCUCUGCCUCGAAGAAGGCUGAUGUCUAGAUGAUCAUCCCACAGGCUCCUUUGAUCUUAUCAGACCUAUCUUGAAGCCAGCCUUUGGAAGAGGCACUGGAUCAAAUCUGAUGUCACUGCAUGUCAACCCCCAUGGUGUACAUUUAGCCCUCCUGUCUGCUAUGCUCCUCUGGCCAUCUUGCCUGCAGAUGCCUUGCAACUGCAAAGCAGAGGGCCAAGCCUGAAGCACAGACUUCAAAAGGGACUUCUAGAUGCUGUGGUCACCCAUGGACAGGACAGACUCAGCUGCUUCUGGUUUGGCUCUCCAUGUCCUUUUGGAGAAGGAGGCAGCUGCUCUGCUCAGCUGUGUGCUGGCUAACAUAUUGGUCUGAGAUCCUGAGCAGAAACCUUCUCUCUCCAUGCAGUUUGUCCUCAGGGUGGCCUGCAAGCUGUACAACAACGCACAGGAAGCUUGAAAAGUGCAGCACCCUGCAUGUGACUCAACAGCAGAAUGAAGAUGCUUUUGAAGGAAGGAGAGACCCAGCUGAGCACCAGAUGGAAUGAUAGAAGGAAAACAGGCAAUAACUGGAAAGGCUGCCAAAUGCUGCCUUGGCCUAGGACAGGUCCCAGCAGUCCAAGUUUAUCUGUCUCAGUACAGUGCUGAUACCAUCAAGGAGCAAAGCUUGCUUUCAGAUGCACACUCAAAAAACACUGCGUCCCUGAGCUGGCACUGCAGCUAAGUACUACUGCAGGGAAUCUACUUGACCAUCAGAGCACAGAACUGAGAUCUGGGGCCCUUGCUGCUCUUGGCACAUGUUAGAUGCUUGCUUUAGUCUGAGACAAGCCACAUCCCCUCUAGACAUCCAUUCCCUUCUGCAACACUGGGAAGAAAUCUGCCUUCCCAUGACAGUACCACCUUGCAUGGAUGUUACCAAGUUUACAGUGAGCACCAUUGUUAGGAUAGCUCUGCAAGCAAGAUGCAAAAAGCAUGCUAUAGAAGUUCUACACAUAGCUUCAAAGUUCUGCAAAGAACAGCAAGACAACUUUUCUUUCCCUCACUUUACCAGCUUCUGGUUGUAUUCAUGUAUCAGAAUGCUGCAGAGUGGAGAUUCGUAGAGAGAUUAAGCAGCUUUAGGGGCAGAUGUUUGGCAAGGAUAUGUUUCCCAGUUAUUUGGCUGCUGCCUUUGCACAGCUGGCUACUCAGUGUGCAUGCUGACACAGAGAAUGUGUAGUAACAUUCGGUAGCCCAACAGCACCAUCCCCUGCUAGCAGAGUUAAGGGAUUUAGAAGUGCAGGUGGUUUUAUAACUCAGAUAGUGAGCUCUAAUUGCAUGGAAGAGAGCAUUGGAAUGCUCGUUUGUGAUAUUCCCAGGGCAGUUUCAUGCUUUUAUUUUUAGCAUUUAUGUAAUGAUAUGAGAUGCUUUUGUCUGGUCUCUUCCUUCAUUUUUCCAUUUUUCCUUCAAGCGCACAUGGAGUAUGGCUGCUCCUACCUCUACCAAAACAGGCUUUGUCACCUGGCUGCUGCUGGGCUCAGCACGCACAGGCUGCACGUGCCACCCUGAAUGUACCCUGGCUUUGGCCUCUGGCACCCUUCAGAGCUGACUCUUCACAGCUUCUCUCUCUCUGCUUUUCGUAUCUCUAAAGGAACAUUUUCAUAGUUGGUCAGAGUGUCCUCUAGGAGGACACAACAUCCCUGUCAUUUCCUGUCAAGGCUUUCUUGUGCAAGAGACCACUCCAGACCUUGAGCUGCACUUCAUCAGACAAACCUACCCCUUGCAGAGCCAUGCAACUCUGAAGCUGAAGGGCCAUCAGCUUAGCGCAGAAGAGCCAGUUGUGGCCUGGGAUUGCAUACAGAAGGUUAAUGCCACACUAACCCAGGUGCAGGCUUCUCACAGGGGCUGCCAUCUGAGAUUUCACUCCCUGUGUAGUGCAGCUGAACUGUUGCCUUCCUUCCCAAAAAUUACAGCUACUCCUUUCCUGUGAUCCCAAACACCGGUGGCAAUCCCUGGAUCACAGCAGCUAGAUGUUAUCUGGCUGAGCUUGCUGGAAAGGCAAGGGCAAGGGCUAACUGAAGGUACAUGGAGCAGAGCAUGCAGAAUGCCAUGGCACAGAGCAGAACACACACACAUCAGCAGGACAGACUGCAGCUUUCCCUGUCACCCAUAGAGAGCAACUCUUCCCAUUGCUUCCCAGACCAAAUUGCCAGCAGAAACUGGUGGUGGGUCUGAGCCUUUCUCUGAAAAGCUGCUUCAGCCAAAGAUGCAUUUGCUUCUGGAAGGAGCACAUCUCACUGAUUGCGCCCAGUCUGUGAAACAGCCAUUUCCAUUGCAACAUACAGUGAGAGGGGUAGUGGAAUUGUAUCAGGGAGUGGAAGGUACAAUUGAAACCUCAUUAAAAUGUUGCUUUCAGAUGCGUCACUGGAAACGGAGCAGUAAGCACCAGGAAAAGAAGGGCCACCAAAAGGCUGUGCUGAGAUAUGUCCUGUUACCUGCUGAGGUGUUUACCCUUUCCUAGCUGCCCAUUUACCUGCCCCAGGUGAGGUCUCCAGAAAGAUGUGAUGUGAUACAGACCCAUGGAGAGCUGGAAAACUUGGGCCAGCUCUCCUGACAGCAGCCCAGCAGAAGAUGCAGCAAGUUUGGUGGUGGCCAGUGAGACAGCUGGGAUUUCCCUUUGCCCUCCUGAGCAGACCAGCAGAAGGCUGUGGGGCUGAGAGUCACCCGGGUGAUUUUAAAACCUUGGUGUGAGCCACCAUCACCCUGCUAGGGUCUGGGACUCAAGAUCCCUGCAUGAGCCUGACACCCAUGGGAGGCACGGCUGGGACAUCUGUCAGUGGUUCCCUUGUCCGCUGUGAAGCAAACGCUGGUAGGGGUGCAGUUCUGCAGAGAGAAUGGCUCUAGCAGAGGACAAAGUCUUUGCAGGGGAGAAAAUCCAGAAAGAUAUUCCCCUUUCUCCCCUUACAUGCAUUUAUAACCAUUUGAAAUCCUUCCAUAGGGACUAGUGAACAUUCAGUUUAAUAAAGAAGGGAACAAACCACUACAAACUAGCUUUCUGAAGGGUUCUGAAAGCAGACGCCACUUGCUUGCAUGCAGAGCUGCUCUGUGUCUAACAGGCAACUUCCAGACCUCACUGCAUCCUGCAGCUGGAUCCCUUUGUGUGCUGUGUGGGGCUGUGGUGGGAGAGCCAGAGCUGACCAUCACACCAACAGCUACAGCUUCCCAAACUAUGGAAGGGUUAGACAAGGAAGCGAGGAAAGCAGCAGCAAUGAUAGAAGUAUAAGUAGUUGUCACAGGUAAACUUCGGUAUCUAUGUCCAAUGGUUAGUUCUAGAAUUGCAAGCCUUGUUAUAUUGCAUACGUCCUCCUUUCACUCUUUUCUCAAAGCAGCCAUCAUCUUUCCCCACACCCCACCUUGAACUGGUGUUGAGCAACACAGGCAGUUGCGCCAAAAUGAUUCUCAGCCCCAUCCUGCAUUCUCCCUCUCCUACCCAAACCCAAAGCAGUCCAGACAGCUGUUGGCUAUCACAAGUCUUAACUUUAGUAACUCCACUUGAGUUUCUUUCUUUGUGUACUAUAGCUUCCUCCACAAGCACCCCAGCAGGGCAGUACAAGAGGCUCUGACCAUGUCCCAGGAAGCUUCUUUGCCCCCUGGCAGCACCCUGCAGACAUGCACCUUACUGGGAACGUAUGGGUCGAUGCUGGUGAGAGCCGGCACUGCUGACCUCAUGCGUCACAGCUGAUGGGGAUCCACCAGGGGAAGCUGGCAGGGAGUGGCUACUGUCCCUUUUCUUUUAAAUUUGGAGGGAGAGGGGGAUAUUUUUGGCAUUUAGAUUAUUGUCCACCUUCUAGUGGCCAAGUUCUGGGCUGCAUUAAUAAUUGGGGUUGAUGGGCUGUCUGGGCAGGUAUGGAGCUUCACACCGACUUCAACAGCACAUGCCAUGGCCGUAUCCAUGGCUGAGUUUCUCCCAUGCUGGCAAAGAGCAGGCUGUGCAUCCAGCAGGCUCCAGAUGACCCGGCAGGCAGGGAGGCAGCCCUCUUCUGCGUUCAGAUCGAGUCCAUUUCAUGUCCUCAGCUUGAAAGAAACUAAACCCAAGGAAAUGCUUCCAGGGUCUCCUUCCACCACGCAGUGCCUGGUGCCCAGCGGAGGCAUUUGUGGGUCGCUGAAAAUGGGAUCCUUCUGGGAUAUAUUUAAUGGACAUGCCUUUCAGGAGAGACCUCCCAACCUUUUCCUUAAUCUGAGAACAGGGGAUGAAUUUCCAGCUGUCCUUGCAUAUAGUGAAACAUAGCUGAAACAGCCAAAUGCAAAGUAGAGUUAAAUGUAGGGUUUGAUCUGAAUAACCUUUUAAUUAGGAAGAUAAAUUUGUUGUAGCUUGACCUUAGUCCAUGUUAGGAACCUGCUAAUCAUGUGACAUGCGGAGUGUAUUAAUGCUGCACUUAACUUGGCCAUUGGUUUUAUCAUCUGGUUUGGGGAGUUUUUCACCCCCGAAGCAUCAGUAUGUUCUUUUUUCUCUUUUUUUCCUGUUCAGAACAUGUAGCACAUGUAGUACUUCUGUUUUCGUCCGUGUAGAGUAUUGCCUUAAACAGAUUGGUUGUGUUGUGGUUUGUUUUGGGUUUUCUUUUUUUUCUACCAUCAGUUUUAUGCAUUAAUUUAUUUAAAAAAAAUGUGGUUUUUUUUUUGAAAAAACAUGGAACGUAUAAUAUUUUUUUUUAACAUUUCCAUGGCAGUAUUUAUCAUUGUUACUGGUUGUGUGUAGUGUUACAAUUAAUGAUAUUAAAAAGCAUACAUACAAAAA